GGGGGCUGGACAGCCCUCAAAGCCCUCACUGAUUUUAGGGGUGAUGGAGGGGUGGUGGCUGCGGGGCACCUCCGGGGGUGUUUGCAGCUCCUCGGGGCUGGACAGCCCUGCCCGUGCCCCAAAAUCCUUGCAGGGUGAGGAAAGAAGUCCUUAUUGUAAUAAGUUGACAUUGGAAGACGGAAGAUACUGACUGGACUUUGUUUUGGACCAGGAUUUGCUCUUUGGCACCGGAGCUGUCAGCUCUGCUGGGCAGGAAAAAUGUCAGACGGUUUCUCUUUAUCUGAUGCCUUGGCCAACAGCAACAACCCAGCCCCCUGUGCCCCCCCAGCCCAGGGCUGGCCCUCCUGGGGCAACCAGCCAGCAGCUCCUGGUGCCUUCCCAGGGUAUCCUGGAGCACCUGGAGCCUACCCUGGAGCACCUGGAGCCUAUCCUGGAGCACCUGGAGCAUACCCUGGAGCCCCAGGAACCUGUACUCCAGGACCUGGAGCAUACCCUGCAGCACCAGGAGCUUAUCCUGGAGCACCUGGAGCUUAUCCUGGAGGACCGGCAGGACCAGGAGCGUAUCCAGGAGCACCUGGAGCAUUCCCUGGAGCUCCACCAGCAACAGGGCCAUAUCCUACCCCAGGACAACCAUCCAGUGGCCCUGGGUUUGGGCCUUCUGCUCCUCAGGGAGGACCAACAGCUCCCCAGGGAGGACCAACAGCUCCCCAGGGAGGACCAACUCCUCCAAUGAAAGUCCCCUUUGAGCUGCCCCUGCAGGCAGGACUCGUCCCUCGGCUGCUCAUCACCAUCACUGGGACUGUGAACCCCAACCCAAACAGGUUUUCACUGGAUUUCAAGAGAGGGAAUGAUGUUGCCUUCCACUUCAACCCCCGCUUCAACGAAGACAACAGGAAAGUCAUUGUCUGCAAUUCCAUGUUCCAAAAUACCUGGGGGAAGGAGGAGAGGACAGCUCCCAGGUUUCCAUUUGAAGCUGGAAAACCCUUCAAGCUCCAGGUCCUUUGUGAGACGGAUCACUUCAAGGUGGCCGUGAACGAUGCACACCUGCUGCAGUACAACUUCCGUGAGAAGAGGCUGAACGAGGUCACCCAGCUGCGCAUCGGGGGGGACAUCGCCCUCACCAGCGUGGUGCCCACCAUGAUAUAACUGGGGGGGCUCUGGGCAAACCCUGCUCUUCUGUGGUGUAACACAAAUGCCUUCUCACCAGCUCACUGUGAGGUAAUAAAACAUUUAACCUGUAAAAUUGGGUUUAAUCAUAUCUUAUAAGGCACGACACGCUCCAGGCGAGCCGGGUUUUGAUGUGGAAGGAGCUGAACUCCUGCUGUAGAGG